AUGGCCCCGCUGCCCAUGUCCCGAGUGGCACUUCUGUUGUCAUUUUCCGUUUUUCUGACUGUUGUGUUGGGUUUUGGACUGCCUGCUCUCCUGAAUGCAGUGAUGAGGAUGUUAGGAUUACCGGAGACGAGCGUAACCGAGUGCAUAGUUGUGCUGUAUUUAGUUUUUGUGUUGUAUGUUGCGACUCCUCGUAUUCCCAGAGGAUUGGUGGAGGUGAAGGGGAAAGCUGUGUUUAUUUCUGGCUGUGACAGUGGUUUUGGUCAUGCACUUGCCAAACAUUUGCACAAACUUGGCUUUACGGUCUUUGCUGGAUGUCUUCUAAAGGAUAAAGAUGGAGAGGGUGCAAAGGAGCUGGAGGAAUUUCAUUCAGAUCGCAUGAAGGUAGUCCAGCUGGAUGUCUGCAGUGACGAGCAGGUGAACGAGGCUGUGGAAUAUAUCAAAGACAACCUGGAAGACUCAGAGAGAGGUCUGUGGGCGGUUGUGAACAACGCUGGUGUGUCAACAUUUGGAGAAGUAGAGUUUACUUCCAUGGACACCUACAAGCAAGUGUCAGAGGUCAACUUGUGGGGCACCAUCAGGGUCACCAAAGCUGUUCUGCCAUUAAUCCGCAGGGCCAAAGGUCGUGUUGUGAACCUGGCCAGUAUGUACGGGAGGAUGGGAAACAUCAUGCGAUCACCUUACUGUGUAUCUAAAUAUGGCGUGGAAGCUUUUUCUGACUGCCUUCGCUACGAGAUGAAGACCUGGGGAGUAAAAGUGUCCAUAAUCGAACCAGGGAACUUCAUCGUGGCCACCGGCAUCCUGACCCGUGAAAUUGUGGCCACCACGUCCAACAAGCUGUGGAAUGAGGCGCCCUCAGAUGUGAAGGAGGAUUACGGGAAAACCCACUUUGAGCAACAUAUGUCUCUGAUGCGCUCAUACUGCAAUAGUGGAGAGAAGGAAGUGGCCCCCGUCCUGGAUGACAUCACAGAUGCUAUCACCUCCAAGCGCCCUUACACAAGAUACAACCCCAUGGAGCCACACUGGUGGAUCAGAAUGCAGCUGAUGACCCAUCUGCCUGCCGCAAUGUCCGACUUCCUCUAUUUCUAAAAGAGAAGUUGUUCGUGUUUCUAGCUCCGUCUGUUUCACCCUCAGAUCACAGAUAGCAGCAUAUUUUUUAACUAUGUAGAGCAGAUCUACAGGCUUUCCCCUGAAGAGGGGUCUCUGCUAUUAUAUUCCUCAGCACUUGAAAUGAUUCACUGAUCAAGCCUUAAAACUUAAUGGGUUUGUAAACUGUAAGUAAAUUAUUGCACUUUGCUCUUUGUAUGUCUGACAAGAAACUCCAGAAACGUACAGAAAUAUUCCGUGAUAAGUAGUUACUACUUUGUGGUGGAUAUCAGCAGGCCUAAGACAUACCCGUAGCUAUAAACACUACAUUAUUAUUGCUUGCUGUGUUAUACUCUAAAAUAAAGUGCUCGUCUCUUUAUAUCUUUUAUUUCCUGAUACGUAUAAUGUUUUGCCUGAUGGGAAUCUUCUGGGGACCCGCUGGCAUGAGGACCAAAGUUGGUAACGCUCAAGAGACGGUUCCUGCUGCUCUGUUGUGGCUGACGCCGGAACAAACCAAGGUCAGCUACUGUAAAACUGUGGUGAGAUUUGGCUGGAAUUGCCCGAAAGUUACGCAACAACACAAGCCCACUUUUGUCUCGCAUGCUUCAUGAGGUCCUGCUUGCUACUUCAACAGUUGAGUUGAUUGAUGUGAUUAAUGGGCACGCUUGAACUAAAAGGUUGUCUCAUUCUUGUCUAUAUAAUGACGCAAAUGACCGGGGCAUUGCUAUAUUUUGUGAAAUGUUACAAUAACAUUACGUUUGGUUUUUUUGGACAAUGAUUGACGUAAAGUGACCAAAAUCUAACUUGAGUUUUGUUGAAGACUUAAUUUGAGCCUGCAUGCUGGUGGUGCCACUAAAUGUAAUAAUAUAUAUUACCACCAGGUGGCGGAAAAGCACCGUACAAAACUACCACUGCUGCUCCGAAGCAUGAAUUCUCUGCUUUCCAUCACAUCAUUUAAGCUGCAUUAUAAUCACAUUACAGCAAAGCUAAUGCACAUGUGAAACAGCAUCAAUGCAGUUUUCACAUACUGUCAAAUGCUGAAAUGAGAGAUAAUGAAAGUGAAAGUAACAACAUUUAACACAAUUUGGCUUCCCCACAGAUAAAAACAACAGCAUCAUUUUUUAUGUCGUUUAUUACGUCUUUUGAACACUCUAAUAAACUCUUCUAAAUUAUUACACCUGAAGACGAUCUCCCCUCCGUAAAAACAGUAUUAAGAGCAUGACAUUAAAUUUCACAGCACUGCCUUUUAUCAUUCCACAGCAUGGAUCUGUUUUCUUCACUCUCUCUCUCUUUCUCUCUCUCUCAUACAGAAAAAAAAAGCUUUGUGAGACAAAUAACACCAUAGAAAUGUAAGCAGCACAAAAGCACCAAAGUUAACACGGGUCAUUUGAUCUGAAUAUUAUCAAGGAAUCGUAGAUACUAGAUUAUCUCAGGCUUGUUUUGCAGUCAGGAAACAGAGUUCCAGCCAAUCUCUUGAUAAUAUUUACCUCAACUGACUUUAAUGUCUUUUUAAGCUGAUUUAAAACCAUUUCUGUACAUCUACAAGGCUCUGCUCAUGCGGCCUCCAUUGGUGUAAAAUGAAAAAAGAUCCCAGUUUAUAACAAUAUCUAUGCAGGGAGAUACUGUAGUUCUGUAUUUGAAUAUCAAGUAAAACAUUUAAGUAUUGAGAUUUUCUUUUUUACAUAUUUAAGUGGCUAAACUGCAAAAGUGAAUGUCUUACACUAGUCUUAUAUGAAAUACAUACAGACAUUUAAAAAAAACUAUUUCCUUGGAAACCAUGACAGUUUCUUCACAACCAACAAUAUGUGAUACCGUUACUUUGAGGUGCUCAUACAUGAGAUUCAGGUCAUGAUUACAUCACACCUGUGAUUAUGUUUCUGAAUGAACAUCAGCACAUAUUUUUUAUAUUGUACAUUUAGGCAUUCAAUGUUCACUUAAGGAGUUAUACUUGAUGAAAUCAGCUAUGGUAAGGUCACUUGAUACUACACACAAUAUCAACUAAUGGGCAUUUUAUGCAUGACAAAAAAAAAAAAAGUGACAUUGACAUUUUCAGCCUACAUUAACAAAGUGAGAGUUCAAUGAGGAAAUACCCUUCCCUAUAAGGAUGUUUUCAGACACCCCCAGCACAUUGCUCACUAAUCACACUCAACUGACGCACAUGCAAAGCUUCAACCAAAUAGCACACAGCGGUGACAAGAGAAGUGGGAAGAAGGGGUUGAGGAAAAAAAAGAAAGAAGAGGACUCUAAACCUUUGGUUGACAGAAAGCUGUGAAGGCACAUUAAAAUCUCCUCUUAAAUCCUUCGAACUGGGGCACCUUGCGUUGGCGUUUGUCACUUUAAUGCUGCGUAAUAUUGAAAAUGCUGCAGAACUGGAAGUUGGGGGAGGAAAUUUUUAAAAAAGGAAAGAAAAAAGUGUGUUGCUGAUAGCGGUUGGUUAUGACCGUAAGCAAAACACUAUCUCGCUUAAAGUGUCUGUGACGUGGCACCAAGACAACAGUCAGGGAUCAGGUGCAAUAAAAUGACAUGUAACAUAAAUCCUAUAACCCAAAAAUACCUCUUGGAUGACAGAUACAGAAACCAAAAGUGAAAAGAAUACAGGCACAAAUAUGGUUGAAUUAUUGGUAAAAAUUGAAACUAAUCUUUGUAUAGAUUUGGGACCCAAAAUGAACAGAAACCACUUUAAAAUAAUUAUGAACAAUACUGUGAUUUACACUUUAAAAAGCAGGUGUGUGUGUAUGUUGAAUCAAAACAUUUCCAAUCCUGCUGACACCCUGACCUUUUAUCCUGGAAUGUUAUUUCUUUAAUAUACAAACGGUUGCACUGUUUAACAAGGUGUAAUCAUAGUUCAAUUAAGUUUUUGGACUUAAAGUAGAGCUUGCCAUCAUAAAUCAUGUUUUACUGUUUAUAUUAAAUCUUUUUCGGCUCUAAAAAACAAAGAAAAUACACUCAGCUCUUUUAUGAAUAGCUGUCAUUCACCUGGGGAAUGGAGAGAAGGAAAAAAGAAAAGAAAAA